AUGCUGUCGGGCGAUGAAGAAAGCGACGUUUUACUACAAAGGUCAAGUGAGGCCUCUGAAGUGCUGCUUAGCAGAUUGUCUAGUCAGCAGGCUGCUCUCACCGACUCGUUCUGGAAACGGACAUGGGCCUUUAUCCGUUUAGUUAUCUUCCGCCAACCCAAUGUUUUGGAGAAGUUUGUGCUUGAAAAUGAGCCUAGUGACUGUGCAUUCGUUUCAAAGUACGGCAAGACUGUUUCGUUGGACUUGUCGCUGUACUCGAAGUUGUCUGUUGAUACAUUGUUCCUUCACAGCAUCCAUGCUCCUCAUCCAUUGAACAACUUCGCUAAGGAUGAACCGUUAGCGCCUAAUAUCUCGCGAGAAGUGAACGAAUCGCCGGUUAUUGUAUUUAUUCAUGGCUUGGGUGGCCAAAUGUCCCAGUUUGAGCCAUUGAUGGCUUUGCUCUCCCAGUGCCUGGAGAUAGUGGCUCUCGACUUGCCGGGCUUCGGCAAUUCCAAACUCGAAUUCAAGGACAAUUGCAAGAUUAUCAGUGAAAUCUCUCCUCAAGAGAAGAAGAACAUUUCCUCGAGCGUGAAGGCUUUGCUGUGGGGCGACUACUCCACAGAUAACCUUGUGAGCAUCAUCAAACAGUUCAUUGGACAGACUGUUGCUCCACAUAAGAAGAUAAUCCUUGUGGGACACUCCAUGGGUACCCACUUGAUCACCAAGACCGCCAAUGUGCUUGAAAAAGGCAAGGUUGAGGGUUUGGUGUUGUUAUCUCCUCCACCGUUACUCGAUGACGUCAACAAAAAGACCGAGCCAAAGCAUUCUUUUAGCUUCGUGAGCUAUUUAAUGAAGUUUGCGUGGGUCUUUAAUCUAUUCAGAGUAUGGGACAGACUCCCUGGCUUGAUCAGUACCAGUGUCUACAGACAAUUGACCCGCCUGAGCAGUCUACAUCAACGAGCACGCCAAUUUAGAUGGAACCUUGAUAUCGAUACUAGAAUCCUUCUUCGUUACAUCAGCGGAUUCAAGCGUGCCACUUACCUGGAGUUGAUCAACGCCAUCUCCAGACUCAACAAUAACGUCGCGGAUCCAAAGACAUAUGAGAAGACACUACUUGUGGGAGGCAUUGAUGACCAGGUCACGUCGAUAAAGAUUAUUCACGAUAUAAGUGACUUCCUUUUUGAGUACUGGCAAAAGAAGGUUUGUAACGUGGUCGAGGUUAAGAAUGCCGGUCAUUCUUUGCUCCUAUCUAAACCGGAAUUCAUCAGUGGACUCGUGCUUAACCAUUUCGAGCUGCGGUUCCCAGAACGUCUACAUUUGCUGCCUGCGUGGGUGCUUAAGCUUAAAGCAGAGAUAUCUGGUGACAAGUGGGGGUUGAAGAAUGAGAUUAAAUGGCUGCGUACACAAGCAAUCUCACACAAUAUUGUUCGCAAGAAUGGCAGUGACUAUGCCCAGUUGCUAGGGAUGAAGACAUUGAGAGAAGGAGACGAGAACCACUCGCCGCUGGUGGUGGAAAGCAAGUUCUAUGGCGACGCCAAGGCUUCAACAGGCAUCAAGGGAAAGCUUAUUGCAAUCGUUGACAUAUCCGCAGAUAUCCCUCCGUACAGCCCGAAAACGUUUGAAAAAAUACACUACUACAAGUGUGCAACGGUUUCAAAAGUUGUGCCUGACCACGUGGCUAUCAGGCGAUUCAUACAGCUCAUUGACGAUAUCCUUGGCUCCACAAACGAGCCCGAGCCGCUCGUUGCUGUACAUUGCCAUUAUGGUUUCAACCGUACGGGUUUCUUCAUUUGCUGCUACUUAAUUGAACGUUGUGGUUGGUCUGUAAGAGAAGCUGUUGAAGGUUACAAGGCUGCCAAACCUCCAGGCAUUAAGCACCCGCACUUCGUGGAUGCUCUCUAUGUGCGCUAUGAGCGUUAG